CCUUGUUCCAAUCUUCUUUUCUUCCACUCCGGUCUCACCUUCUUCUUCCUUUUCCCUAGAGGCUGUCAAUUCUUCUAUCCGCGACCUCUUCCUCUUUCUUCCUGCCUUUACUCCGAUUGAUCCUCCCACUUGGGAAAAAUCUCGACGCCGACAUCGCAUCACUUCACAUCAGCCCACCAUGUCGACCUGGGGUGAAUACUUCCGCGUCACCACUUACGGUGAAUCGCACUGCCGCUCUGUCGGCUGUAUUGUCGAUGGCUGCCCACCCGGAAUGGAGCUCACUGAGGAUGAUAUUCAGCCGCAGAUGACUCGGAGACGCCCCGGCCAGAGUGCCUUGACCACCCCUCGGAACGAGAAGGACCGCGUCGAGAUCCAGUCAGGAACAGAAUUCGGUGUCACUCUGGGCACUCCGAUUGGCAUGAUGGUGCGCAACGAGGAUCAGAGACCCAAGGAUUACGGCGGUAGCACAAUGGACCUGUACCCCCGUCCCAGCCAUGCCGACUUCACCUACCUUGAGAAAUAUGGCGUCAAGGCCAGCAGUGGUGGUGGCCGCAGCAGUGCCCGCGAGACGAUCGGCCGAGUCGCUGCCGGAGCCAUUGCCGAAAAGUACCUUCGCCUAUCGCACGGUGUUGAGAUCGUCGCCUUUGUCUCCUCCGUCGGCAACGAACACCUGUUCCCCCCUACUCCCGAGCACCCCACCGCCUCCACCCAGCCCGAGUUCCUGAACCUGAUCAAGACCAUCGACCGCAAGACCGUCGACUCCUUCGUACCCACCCGCUGCCCAGAUGCUGAUGCCGCCGCCCGCAUGACCAAGGUGAUCGAGCAGUUCCGCGACAACCACGACAGCAUCGGUGGCACCGUCACUUGCGUGAUCCGCAACGUGCCCGUCGGCUUGGGCGAGCCCUGUUUCGACAAGCUCGAGGCCAAGAUCGCCCACGCGAUGCUCAGCAUCCCCGCCACCAAGGGCUUCGAGAUCGGCUCCGGGUUCGGCGGCUGUGAGGUUCCCGGCUCGAUCCACAACGACCCCUUCAUUGUGUCCGACGUGGCAUCCCAGCUCGGUCCCAACACCUCCACCAAGCAGCGGCUCACCACCAAGACCAACAACUCCGGCGGUAUCCAGGGUGGUAUCUCCAACGGCGCCGAUAUCUACUUCCGGGUCGCGUUCAAGCCCCCGGCCACCAUCGGCCAGGCCCAGAACACUGCCACCUACGCCAUGGAGGAGGGUGUUCUCGAGGCCAAGGGCCGCCACGACCCCUGCGUCACCCCCCGCGCCGUCCCCAUCGUCGAGGCCAUGUCCGCCUUGGUCAUCAUGGACGCCCUUAUGGCUCAGUAUGCUCGCGAGAGCGCCAAGAGCCUCCUGCCUCCCCUGCCCAACACCAUCCCCACCCGUCCUACCCUGAGCGGUUCUAACUAAAAAGAAAAAAGGCCCUUUUCUCCUCAUUGCAUCAUGAAAAUCUAAUCGAAUC